CUCCAUCUCACUAAAUUUAUGUUUUUAUUUUCUAUGUGUAUGUGCUACAGUGUACAUGUUGACGUGAGUGGACGACUUGAUGGAAUAUGUUCCCUCCCUCCACCAUGUGGAUCCCAGGGAGUUAACUUCUGUCAGGCUUGGCAGCAGGCACCUUUCUCAUUACUGUAUUGGCCUUCUAUUCACAGGGGAGUUCUGGGGAUGAUACUCACGUUACCAGACCUGAAAGUAGAAAAUGUUGUUAGCGCAAAUAAAUCGGGAUUCUCAGGGAAUGACAGAAUUUCCUGGAGGAGGAAUGGAGGCUCAACAUGUUACCCUAUGCCUGACAGAGGCAGUAACCGUGGCAGAUGGUGACAAUUUAGAAAAUAUGGAAGGUGUAAGUUUACAAGCUGUAACACUUGCGGAUGGCUCCACUGCUUACAUACAGCAUAAUUCUAAAGAUGGGAGACUCAUUGAUGGCCAGGUCAUUCAGUUGGAAGAUGGUUCUGCUGCCUAUGUUCAACAUGUCCCCAUACCUAAAAGUACAGGAGACAGUUUGCGGCUGGAGGAUGGGCAAGCGGUGCAGCUAGAAGAUGGAACCACUGCAUUUAUUCAUCACACUUCAAAAGACAGUUAUGACCAGAGCUCACUUCAGGCAGUUCAGUUGGAAGAUGGUACAACAGCGUACAUCCACCAUGCCGUGCAAGUCCCACAGUCUGAUACCAUCUUGGCAAUUCAGGCUGAUGGGACAGUGGCAGGGCUGCACACUGGGGAUGCCACAAUUGAUCCAGAUACCAUUAGUGCUUUGGAGCAGUAUGCGGCAAAGGUUUCCAUUGACGGGAGUGAAAGUGUUACAAGUACAGGAUUGACUGGAGAAAAUGACCAAGAGAGAAAAAUGCAGAUUGUCUUACAAGGACAUGCUACAAGAGUAACUCCUAAAUCUCAACAGAGUGGAGAGAAGGCAUUUCGAUGUAAAUAUGAUGGAUGUGGAAAACUCUAUACAACAGCUCAUCAUCUUAAGGUCCAUGAACGUUCACACACAGGAGACCGGCCUUAUCAGUGUGAGCAUUCAGGCUGUGGAAAAGCAUUUGCGACAGGUUAUGGAUUAAAAAGUCAUUUUAGAACUCAUACUGGAGAAAAGCCAUAUCGGUGUUCAGAAGAUAAUUGUACAAAAUCUUUCAAAACUUCAGGAGAUCUACAGAAGCACAUCAGAACCCAUACAGGAGAAAGGCCCUUCAAGUGUCCUAUUGAAGGCUGUGGUCGAUCCUUUACAACAUCAAAUAUCAGAAAAGUGCACAUUAGGACACACACAGGAGAAAGACCUUACUACUGCACAGAACCAGGAUGUGGGAGGGCAUUUGCCAGCGCAACCAAUUAUAAAAACCAUGUGAGAAUACACACAGGAGAAAAGCCAUAUGUCUGUACAGUUCCUGGUUGUGACAAAAGGUUUACAGAAUAUUCCAGUUUGUAUAAACACCAUGUCGUUCAUACUCACUCUAAACCAUACAACUGUAACCACUGUGGGAAGACAUACAAACAGAUCUCCACACUGGCUAUGCACAAACGGACGGCUCACAAUGACACCGAGCCCAUUGAGGAGGAGCAGGAAGCCUUCUUCGAGCCUCCCCCAGGUCAAGGUGAUGAUGUUCUAAAAGGGUCCCAGAUCACAUAUGUUACAGGUGUAGAAGGAGAGGACAUUGUAUCUACACAGGUAGCCACAGUAACCCAGUCUGGGUUGAGUCAACAAGUUACACUUAUAUCCCAGGAUGGCACUCAACAUGUCAACAUAUCUCAAGCUGACAUGCAGGCCAUUGGCAACACCAUCACCAUGGUAACACAGGAUGGCACACCUAUCACGGUGCCCACUCACGAUGCAGUCAUCUCCUCAGCAGGAACACACUCUGUGGCUAUGGUCACCGCCGAGGGCACAGAAGGACAGCAGGUUGCAAUUGUGGCUCAAGAUCUGGCAGCAUUCCAUACAGCCUCUUCAGAAAUGGGACACCAACAACAUAGCCAUCAUUUAGUAACUACGGAAACCAGACCUCUGACCUUAGUGGCAACAUCUAAUGGCACCCAGAUUGCAGUUCAGCUUGGAGAACAGCCAUCUCUGGAAGAAGCCAUCAGGAUAGCAUCUAGGAUCCAACAAGGAGAAACGCCAGGGUUGGAUGAUUAAUACUCAACCACAGAGCAAUAAAGUAGGAGGAAGAAGCCUCCCAUCUUCUGGCUGCAGAGAUCCCUGAGGCCCGGCCCGGCACAGCAGAAGUUCCAUUCCUGAAGCACUGUACACAUUUUUAUGCAAGAGUGGAGAACAUUUUCUUCUUGACACUUUUGUGUACAUAGCCCCUGGAAUAAAUUCCCAAAGUGAUUCAUUGUGUACAAGGAAGUAUGAAAUUAGGGCACUACAGCAAUCCUUCAUGUUACUCUAUCACACAGCAGACUUCUGGAAUCCACCCACAAGACCGUCCAGGUCUAUACAGAGUCAAGAUGAGAUUUUUAACUUACUGUGGGGGGAAAAAAAAAGGCUAUAUCUAAUAUGCCGAAGGCUCUACAUGUCAAACAAUCAUAACUUUAAAGCCAUCACAGAAAAUAAAGGAUGCAAGCCUUCAGA